ACGGAAGUCAACCGGCAACUCUGAUAUCAACAACGUUGUAUACACAGGAAGUUGUAGCAAUAGAUUCGUUCUUCCGGUUGCCACGCCAGCACACGAUUCUCUUCAAAAAUGGCUGUUUCUGUUGGAUCUUCCUGCUUUUUAUCCUCAACACUUACAGUAUUAUUGUUUGCUGGAAUGCAGAUGUUCCGCAAUCAGCUUGGAUCAACCGAAUAUUUCACCAUUUUGGGAGGUUUUCUUGGUUCCUGGAUUUUCAUCCUUCUGUUGACCGCAUGCAAUAAUUUUGAAGUGUUAGUCUUUGGAAAAAACUUUCAGUCACAGUUGUUACCAGAAGCUGUGUCUUGUUUAUUUUUGGCGAUGUUUGCUUCAGGAUUAAUCCACAGAGUUUGUGUAACAACAUGCUUCAUAUUCUCCGUCAUAGCAUUGUACUUCAUCAACAGGUUGUCAAUGACACUUUAUGCUCCUCCACCAGUUGCUGUGGCUUCCAAGAAACGGAAGUGAUGUAAUUUUCAACUUUAAUGCUAUUUCUUGCUUUUACUUUUUACUGCUAAUAAACAUUUUGGAAAGUAAAAAAACAAAAAACAAA